AUGGCUGAGACUAUCGAUCGUUCUACCUACAAGCGAUCCUCGUCUCAAACUUCUGCAUCGUCCCGAAAAAGCCAGAAAGCGAAAGCCGCUCGAGCGAAGCCUCCCAAACGGGUCUCAACCUGUUCAUCCACCCACACUUCAACCGAUCUCACCUCGUUCCCAUCCCUCUCCCCGGAUAGGUCGCCAGAGGGGUUCUAUGGCGAGCCCGCAAUCAACCACGCCCUUAGCCAGGCAUUAUUGCUGGAGGAUAAUGAGCAGACCCCAGGAACAGAGCGUGGACGCAAGGCAACGAUCGCUGGCCUCACCACCAACCUCCCUCAAGUCGCUGGCCGUGCUGCCCUGUUCAACGACUCCCCGUUUCAAGACGUGCCGGGAUCACUCCACCUUGCUAGUGACGACCACAUCGAACGGUUAAUCGCUCGCACCGGUGCAAUCAAGCUAGUCAGGCAGUUUGCGAGAGACCUUGCCUUGCGAGAUGCUGAGAUAUCUGCGUUGCGGCUUCGAGCUGACGAGAGGGAGCGGGAAUUGAAGAAGAUGCUGCGUGAAAUGGAAGUUUCGAAUAAAGAUAUUGAACGCCGGCUUUAUUUGCUUGAAAAUCCAGCGGAAACACAUGAAAACACCCCCGGGGGCGAUCAAGCAGAUACAUUAGCCGAGCAACGGAGCCACACCAGCUCCAUUGACCAUAUGAUGAGUGAAGCGAUGCUUGAGGAUGUUGGCACUCAAAUAUACGACAACACAGACUAUGACAAGGGAAGGGAUGAUUUGCAGGCAACCAUCCGACCCUUUCGAGCUGACGGUGGCAUGCAGUCCGGCAAUUCAAGCCUGAGGUCCGUCAAAAAGAAGCCAUUAGCAUCCUCGCGUGGCUGGCAGGAUUAUAUCUGGGGAAGUACGGCUCCAAGUCGCAAGACUAGUGGAACCAGCAGCAUAAGUGGCGAUGCUGCAGAGAGAGAUGAAGAAGCGGCGAUUCGCAUGCCCGCACCCCGCGUGCCCAGUGGGCCUAAUGGCCGUCGCAAAGGGCUGGAUUCGGAUCUAUUUGUGCCGCCCGAGCGUAACUCAGCCAGUGGUGCGCUCGCAGAGACAACGAACUCAAAGCCAGGCGAUGAUGAUAGCAGCAGUAUUCGUUCCAGGCGGUCUGCCAAAUCUGUAACUUCGUGGACCGUAAGACUAUUUGCAGGAAACUCCCAGGCCAGCAAAGAUGCUGAGAUGACUCGAAAUCGAGCAUGCUCUGAUACUCCAGAUUCUCAACAUAGAACCUCAUCGCCAGCAUUCCCUCCAAAGGUAGCAGGAUCUGCUAUGGCGGCUUUAAAGCGCAUUAACGCCGGUACUGGUGUUCAACCGUUAUCUGGAAGGUCCUCCGCAGCAUCUAGCAUUCGAGCUUCAACAAAAAGUACCCCUGCUCCAAGCUCCCGGCGCAAUACUGUCCAAAUAGCAACUCCGGAUCAUAGGAGCGCAAAAGACGAGACACAUAUUGGUCCUGUUGAGAUGGACGCUAUACUUCCCAUGGAAUCUCGCCCACCAACUCUUGCGCAUAUUUACAGCGACUACAGUCCAGGAGACCUCCUUACUGAUCGAUUUGGGUUUAUCUAUGACCAACGAAGGAAUCGACGCCAAAAGGAGGCUCCUAGCGUAGACUCGAAGCAGUCUAAUGACCAACCCGUCAGCGGCGCUAACAUGGGAGAGUCGAUCGUCUCGGAAGGCCCCGAAGAUGGGAGCGCAGGUGUCAAUAAAUGGCAGGAUUAUCUCAAAGUUGCCACAUCACCCACUGAACUGCUCUCUCAUACUCCUGCUGCUGGCCCAAUCGUUACAGUGGAAACUACCAAGCCUCGCGCCUCAUCCGUCACCAUUGGCAAAGAUGGUUCCCUCUCAGUGGCUCAUUCGAACCCUCAAGUUUCGGCCUCUACCUCAACGGUGAUAGAAACGUAUGGUGAAUUUGCCGGAACACCCGAAUCUCAGGCUUCAGAGUCAACGAAAUUGGAUCAGGUACCGGUAAAGUUACUACUUCAGCGCUUGACGGAUCUUCAUGAUAGUUCUCAGCGAGACCGGACUAUAAAAUGGAACGAGUUCAUGCGCAAAGUUCGAGCUGAACGACGGAAAGAAGGAGAGGCUGCAGCUGCAUCUACAGCGGCGGAACGCCCGGCCAUAUCGCUCGAUAUGCCUGAGGUUGCCAUCGCAGAUGGAGAGGUAGUUGGUGUGGCUGGAUUAGGGAAUAAAGGGAAGGUUGGGCGUGCGAAAUGGCGGGAGUUCAGGACCCUUGUCCUUGGAGGUAUUCCCGUUGCAUACCGUGCGAAAAUCUGGGCUGAAUGCAGUGGCGCCUCUGCGAUGCGGAUUCCGGGAUAUUAUGAUGAUCUAGUGAAAGGCUGCACCGCCAACGAUUCGGACCCUAGUAUCACUGCGCAGAUUCAAAUGGACAUCCAUCGGACCUUGACAGACAAUGUAUUUUUCCGAAAGGGGCCCGGCGUUGCAAAAUUAGAGGAAGUUCUACUCGCAUACUCGCGUCGCAACCCAGAAGUUGGAUAUUGCCAAGGAAUGAAUUUGAUCGCUGGCUCGCUGCUUUUGAUCAUGCCGGCGGCGGAGGAUGCGUUUUGGGUUCUGGCCUCGAUUAUUGAGAAGAUAUUGCCUCCUCAUUAUUAUGAUCACGGAUUGGCUGCUUCUCGCGCGGACCAGCAGGUGCUUCGACAAUACGUUGCUGAGAUCCUGCCAAAGCUGUCGUCACAUCUGGAUGAGCUGGGGAUAGAGCUUGAGGCUUUGACGUUCCAGUGGUUCCUUUCUGUUUUUACGGACUGCUUGUCUGCAGAAGCGUUGUAUCGUGUUUGGGAUGUGGUGCUAUGUCUUAGUGCACCAGCUGUCCAUGCUCCCGCAAUUCAGACUCAGAAAGCCACUUCAGAAUCUGGCGCUACCACCAUGUCAACGUCAGAUACACCCACUAAUGCCACCUCUACCUCGACGCCUGUGUCCUCCGAUAGGGAUAUCCUGAGCAAUACUGGUGGCGGUAACACAUUUCUAUUCCAAGUGGCAUUAGCCCUUCUCAAACUAAAUGAGCAGCAGCUACUGAGCACGUGCGCAACUCCGGCCGCAGUUUACACGUACAUUAAUCAUCAAAUGACAAAUCAUGCGAUUAGCAUCGAUGGACUCAUUGAAGCAAGUGAAGCUCUGCGGAACGUCGUCAAACGGGAAGAUGUCCUUGCGAGGCGGGCGGAAGCAUUGAAAGCGGUGGCUGCGCCCUUGUCAUCUUCUUCGGCAUCAAAGGACGGUGACUCUAUCAGGAGUGGCAGUCAGGGUAAAAAACCAGAAGGUGAAGCUGUUUAG